AUGGGUAGCAAAACAGGUGGCAACACCGAGCCAAUGCCUUUCGUCCGCAAAUGGGGCGCAGCGGCAGCAGCGAGCGGAUCUGAUGAUAACGCUACUCCCACUAUAGUGACUACAGAACCGGUAUCUACCAGUGACCAUGACAAUUACUCGCACUCUCAUCGUGAUAGAAGCAGAAGUCGCUCACGUGAUCGUAAGGAUCGUCGUCGUCGUCGUUCUCGCUCGGGCGAUCGCGACCGUCACAAGAGACGAAGAAGUCGCUCACGCCGCCGCAGUAGGUCGCGUGAGAGGAAGCGAUCGCGUACCAGGAGCAGAGAUCGAGAACGUGAUCGAGUAUCUCCGGUAGCUGCACCAGCACAUCCUAUUGGACCGCCAAUGAUUAAGGAGCCACUUAUCAAUCCGCUUAUGCGGCCCGAAGUUGCUUUAUCUGGUACUGAUCCAGUAGUUGGCCAGGAGACGGCAUUAAUGGAAGCUGGGCGAAAGCGCGAACGGAAAUCGCGUUGGUCAGCAACAAAGAGUUUCGUGCCAGGCAUGCCUACAAUUCUACCGUCUAAUCUAUCCGAUGAUCAACGUACGGCAUAUCUUCUGCAACUGGAGAUUGAGGACGCUACACGCAAACUGCGACUUGGCGAUUUUCUCGGCUCGACAGAUCCUGCGCAAAGGCUAGUCGUUAAAAAUGGCAAGGCACUAUGCUCAAGCGUUUCAGGCACCAAUCACACGUUUAGUGCUAUGCACAUCUGGAGUCCAUCACCUGAGCCAAUAUAUGAUAGCAAUGGUAAGCGUUUGAACACACGAGAAGUGAGAAAGCGACAGGAAUUGGAGCAACUUCGUCACGAAAAAAUCCAAGCAUUGCUAAAGAUCAAUCCAAAUUUCAAGCCUCCGGCCGAUUAUCGAGCACCAAAUAUUCGUCUUCAUGAUAAAGUGUGGAUACCACAAGACAAUCACCCUGAAUUGAACUUUGUUGGUCUUCUUAUUGGGCCUCGAGGAAACACUUUAAAAAGUUUGGAAGCGGAAACGGGUGCAAAAAUUAUUAUCAGAGGUAAAGGAUCAGUGAAGGAGGGAAAGCUGGGCAGUAGGCUUGGUCCUAUGCCAGGGGAGAAUGAGCCGCUUCAUGCAUACGUAACUGGAACCGAUCAAGCAACGAUUAAGAAAGCGUGCGACAAGAUUCGCUCGAUAAUCGCGGAGGCUACAGCGAUACCAGAUGGACAAAAUGAGCUGCGAAAACUUCAGCUGCGAGAAUUAGCACUUCUAAAUGGCACGCUGAGACCAGAAGACCUGGUCAGUGGUGCUCGUUGUUCAAACUGUGGUUCGGACGAACACAAAACAUGGGAAUGUCCUGAUGCACCCAAUGUUACUGCUAAAGUUGUAUGUAUGGCUUGUGGAAGUGCUGGACACAUCGCACGAGAUUGUAAAAAUCCUCGUCCUGGCGGUGCAGAUGCUACUGGCACUGCCGAUGGGGGUAUGGAUGAUGAAUAUUCGGCCUUGAUGGAAGAGCUUGGAGAGCGUCCAACUCGCCAAGCAGAUGGAUCACUCCGUGGCCGUGGUGGCACAGUGCCUUUUCGUGGCACGAGGGGAACAUUCUUCCCACGUGGAGCUCUUAACAAUCAGCAACCGGUCAUUCGCGUGAAUUUGGGUACUGCAGCUCAACAGCAGAAUGCUAUGAUGAAUGCUGGUAUGGUGCCGCCUCCUCCAGGGACACGUCCUCCGUAUGGUAUGGGGCCUCUUCCAGAUCCAUACCAACCGCAUGGAUUUUUCUCGAGUCCAGGUGCACGUGGACGCGGGAGCUUCCGAGGUGGUUGGUACGGAAGUCCAUCAGCAAUGCCUUUGCCUGUGCCGCCACCACCUCCACCACCAAUAGGUGGUUUUCCGCCACCACCACCACCGCCUCCACCGGCACCACAAGCAGAUUUAUCUCGUAUUUUAUCAGCACCAGCGCCACCCCCACCACCUCCACCUCCACCGCAGUCGUAA